AUGGAGCGUAUCGCCUUCUGUAAAUGUUUUCUGAAAAAAGUCAUUGAAGUUCGUCAUCCGUUAAAGCAAUUAGCGUUAAAAUGGAUUGACUCCAGUGAGCCUCGUUUGAGCUCCGGCAUAUCAACUCCGAAUCUUGUUGUCCAAUCGGCUGUUGGUCACUACUGUGAACAUGACUCUGCAUAUUCACUGACCGGAUUUAAUGCGCCUCAUGCGCAAUUCGGUUGUGUUCGCGCAAAGUUGAUCAUGUCAAGACCGUUAUACAUUCCCUUGAUACGCUUCUUUUUACCGUCGAUCCUUGCCAUAUUCAUAUCGUGGAGCAGCAUUUAUAUCAAUCGAAAUCAAAUACAAACUCGCUUAACUGUUCUCAUCUUUUCCACAUCUAUCAUUUGCUUCAUUAUUUUCAACGCUUAUAGUGAUAUGCCAACAUUGGUCUAUUUAACAGCCGCGGAUAUAUGGCUUAUCAUUUGCUCGAUAUUCUUAUCAAUCUCAUUUGUUGAGUUCCUAAUCGUUCAAAUGCUCACUCAUUUAUCGCAAAAGUAUCGAAUGCUGGCCGACAAAGACACUUUAGUGCGCAAAGAAAGUCGCUAUAGACAUGAGAAACGUGCGCUUCGAAACGCUUUUGUAAAUAUGAACGCCAGCCCGAAAGUGCCAGUGGCGAACGGUCGCAUUUUCGAUAAGAAACAUGAAGUGGUUCGUUUGUUUCGCCUGAAUAUUCUUCAUUUCGAGAUUCAACCGAGUUCGUCGUCGAUAUCCAACAGUGAUGUGAUUAUAUAUCAGCAUUUUCGACGAUGGGCUGAUUACCUAUCCAUAAUGGCAGCGCGUGUUGAUCUGGGUGCACGCAUCAUUUUACCGAUUCUUUUUUCUCUUCUCACUUUUCUUUAUUUUCUUUUUUGGAUCAUUUUAUGA